AUGAUAUGAUUUCACAAAGGGUCUAAAAACUGUGAAACAGAAGAUAUUUGAAUACAAGUGAUAUCACAAGACAAGCAGGGCUCCACUAAAGUAGAAGACAAUAUGGGGUUAACAGAUACCCUAGUUGAGGUCCUGCUGAACAACUUAACAUCACUCCUCAUAUUCCUGAUUGUCUUCUUAAUUCUCUACCGAAAAUUCAAACCCAGUCCUUGGAUUUUACCCCCAGGACCUCCCCCUAAAUUCUUGGUCGGUAAUAUGGGUCUGUUCAAGCCUGACCCAGAUGACAAAAUUGGCAAUCUAACUGCAAGGAAACUUAUAGAUAUGACAAAAGAAUUUGGUAGCGAAACACUUGGAAUUUAUUUUGGGAGACAGUAUGCAGUGCUAUUACAUAACUAUGAUGACAUACAACAGGUGUUUAACAGUGAAGAUUUUGCUGGGCGUAGUGAUAGUGAAACAAGAGAGAUGGUAUUAGGUGGUUUAGUAGGGAUUGAAGGACCACGCUGGAAAGAACAGCGGCGAUUUGCCCUUAGUACACUCAGAGAUUUUGGUCUUGGGAAGAAUAAGCUGGAGAAAAUGAUCACAUCUGAGCUGGAAAGUCUUUUCGAAGUGUUUGAUAGCUAUAACGGGUCGGCAUUUCAGAUGAAAGCUAGCACCUUAACUAAUGCUGUCACUAAUGUCAUCUGCUCAAUGGUUUUCGGACAUAGAUUUGAAUAUGAUGAUCCGGUACUGAAUCGCAUGCUUUACCUAAUGGAUGAAAACUUCAGCGUGAACUUCAAGCGUGCAAGUCUAGCUGCCUUUAUCCCAGGAGCAACACUACUAAGUAAAUGUCUGCCAGGAGACCUAUUCAAGAUGAAACGCCUUAAGGAAAAUAUGGAUGAGAUCUAUUUUAAUAUUGUCAAGAAAGAGUAUGAUGCUCAUGUUGCAAAGUUUGAUCCUGAGAAUAUAGAGGACUUCAUCGAUGCCUAUAUAGCUGAGAUAAAGAAAAGAAAAGAUGACCCACAACAGCAUUGGUUUAAUGAGGACCAACUGCUACAUGUUAUAGGAGACCUCUUCCAGGCAGGCACUGAUACAACUGCUACGAACAUAAGGUGGCUGUUCUUACAGCUCCUUCACCAUCCAGAAAUCCAGAAAAAACUACGCCAGGAAAUUCACGAUGUGAUUGGCCAGGAUCGUAUGCCAUCCAUGCGUGAUAGAGUACUACUUCCAUACACAGAGGCUGUCUAUACAGAGGCACAGAGGAUGUGCAGCCUUACACCAAUAUCUUUAGGCAACUGCAGUGGAAGGGUGCCAAUAAAACUUGGUAAUUACAUUUAUCCACCAAGAACAACCUUCCAUGCUAACAUGUACGCAGUGCACCAUGAUCCAGAUUACUGGAAGGACCCACAUGUGUUUAGGCCUGAAAGAUUCCUUGAUGAAAAUGGAAAAUUUCACCUAGAUGACCACAUCUUGACAUUUUCUACAGGGAAAAGAAAAUGUCUAGGAGAAUCACUCGCUAGGAUGGAAAUAUUUCUCUUCUCCACAGCUAUCUUACAGAGGUAUACACUGGCGCUCCCUGAAGGUGCCGAAUUACCUACUCUCAAACCAUUGCCAGAUAGCAGCACAACAGGACCAUAUCCUUUCGAUGUAUGCUUGCUCAGGGACUAACAUAUCUUGACAGUAUAAAUCUGAGGUUUCCUUGAUGGACCAUUCAACAUUUUGACUUCAAGGAAAAGGAGGUGGGGAGGGGGCUUCAAACCGUCCAAGCACUCCCCCUGGCCAAAAAUUCUUUCAAAAUCAUGCACAAUUUCAUCAUUGGCUCAGAAUGGUCAAAUGACGUGAACCCCUCCCUGGAAUUUUUUAAAAAGUGAAGCCUCCCUUGGAAAAAACUAGCUACCAGCCUGGGCUUAGUAAUUAAUGAAUGUCAAAUUACAAAUGUAAACUACGUACACAAACAAUGUGACCUCCGAGAGUCAUAAAAAUAAUAGCUUUAAGAUGAAUCAAGUUCUCAAUGAGAUACAAAAGAGCAAAUUAAAUGCCAAUUCUUACAGUGACAAAUUUAGCUUUUCAUUUCUCUGAAAUUUCAAAGACGUUAAAUAGACAAUGAAACUGACAC